AUGUUUGCUAUCCCUCCUCCACCUAGAUAUCCUACGAAUAGUAACUUGAUAGCCACCACUCUCGAGACUGCAAAUACUAUUCAUCACCGCGAAGGACCAGAGUAUACAUUUCAAGCUGGCGAAGGUCGAUACAUUCUACGUGACGACCUACAACUGGCGACACCGCCUCCGCAUCCUUCAGAAGUUCCCAUCAUCAACCCAAAUCCCCUCAGUACCGGCCUAAACCCACCAACGAGCGGCGUGAAGCUGUCUCUCGUUUCGCUGAAUCCCAAACAGAUCAACACCGAUUUAUACCGAACGACGACUGCCACUAGCAGUCUGUUGAGAUGGAGGUCUCUGGGAUUGAAUACUUCGAAAGAGUCCAAGGAGUCCAAAGAGUCUAGAGAAGCGAAAGAGGCCAAAGAGGCCAAAGAAGCUAAAGAAGCCAAAGAAGCCAGGGAGUUCAAGGAUUUCGAGAAGGAGCCAAGAUCCUCUCUUGACACGACCAGCGACAUAAGUAACCCGGCAGCGUCAGCGAACGGCAGUAACAAAUCAAGCGUCAAGGUCUUUGGCGAGGGCAAUGCCGCACUGUCUCCGGUUAUCAGCAGGGGUGACAAUCUGAAGCGACGGAAACCCAAAAACAAUAUCAUCAAGAGCAAUUCUUCUUUCGUCUCCCGUGUCAUCCCACACGAAUCUCUGGCGAAGAAGCUGGUAGAGCGAGACCAGGGCGGAACAUUUUGUUUUGCAAAUAUCAAUCGAGCCUUCCAAUGGCUGGACCUCUCCUCAAGUUCGAAGCAAGAUCCCAUGACUAAGAUUCUCUUCACCAAAGCUCACAUGUUAUGUCACGACGUGAAUGCGUUGACCAAACACUCGACUCAUCUGGAUGUUAUCAUGGGAUCCUCGGCGAGUGAUAUCAUCUGGUACGAACCCAUGUCCCAGAAAUAUGCCCGAAUCAACAAGAACGGCGUCAUCAAUAAUUCUGCUGUGGCCAAGAUCAAAUGGAUACCGGGGUCGGAGAAUCACUUCCUUGCUGCCCAUGUGGACGGGAUGCUAGUAGUUUAUGACAAGGAGAAGGAAGACGCUCCUUAUGUCUCGGAAGAACUGGUAGAUGAAGGCAUCAGUAUUCCGGACGAGGAUCAAUCGACCCUGGUCAUCACGAAGAGUGUCAAUUCCCAGAAUCAGAGGACCAAUCCUGUGGCAUGCUGGAAGAUUUCGAACCAGGCCAUCAUGGAUUUUGCAUUCUCGCCCGACAGCAAGCAUCUGGCCGUGGUAGGAGACGACGGGUUCCUCCGGAUAAUCGACUAUCUUCAGGAAAGACUCACCGACAUAUACUCAUCCUAUUAUGGCGCCUUCACAUGUGUAUGCUGGUCACCAGACGGGAAAUAUGUGCUCACUGGUGGUCAAGAUGAUCUGGUGACUAUUUGGUCCCUGGAUGAACGACAGAUCAUUGCGCGAUGCCAUGGUCAUGAUUCCUGGGUCACCGCAGUCGCCUUUGACCCCUGGCGAUGCGAUGAACGAACUUAUCGUUUCGGGAGUGUGGGAGACGACUGCAAGCUCUUGCUCUGGGACUUUAGCGUUGGAAUGCUCCAUCGCCCUAAGGGGGUGACGGCUCGACCGAGAGGCAGCAUCUCCGUACAGUCAGUCUCAUUGCUUCGGCAACGAACAGAGAGCACGAGCGUGGUCAAUCGAAUUCGAUCAGAUUCCAACCGUACCGGAAGUUUUAAAGAAGACAUCGUUGAUGAAUCAGAAUUCCUCAAUCAUGCAGUUGACGCAAGAGCGCGAACUGCCGUCUUGCCUCCUGUCAUGUCAAAGAAGAUAGACGAGCAUCCUCUCAGUGGGCUAGCAUUUGAACAGGACUGCAUCAUCACAUCCUGUUCGGAAGGACACGUUCGAACCUGGGAUCGACCUCGUGAGAAUGCCAACAGCAGCCAAAUCAACCUAUCGGAGAAGCCCAAAACAUGA